AACCGACCCGAACCUUCGCGCCGUGCGUGCCAUGCUCUGGGACUAGGAGGCCUGCACAACAAACACUCGCACGCCAGUGUUAUUUUAGCUUUGCGCGACGGCCGGCGAACGAGCUGCUGCAAAAGCGCGUCAUCGAAAUCACGUCGUGAUCGGAGUUUUUCCCAUGUAAAACUAACGAAUUCGAGCUGCUGCUUUCGGUGCGCCUGGAAAACGCGCAAAGCCCAAACAGCAGUGUACUGUUCUGUGGUUCAAGUGGCAAAACGGUACAGUCAGAGUGCAAAGAAAAGAAAGAAAAAAAACGGCUGCAACAAAUAAUGCAAAUCACAGCCAAUUCGGUGCAGUGCUGCAGUGUAUCGUGGAAAAGUGUUCGUGGUGGAAAAGUGUAAUCAUACACACCCACGGAAAACCCAACGUGUGCGAGGUGCGUGCAUGUGGUUGCAGCAGUUGCAGUUUUGAAUCCCGCACGCCGUAGGCCAGUGUUUGUGUGUGUGUGUGCAUAUAUGCGUCACGCGCGCGGUUUGUCGCAACCGACAGAGCGCCACAGAGAUACGCUGUACGCGAAAGUGCACGCGCGUGUACCGAGAAUCGUGCUAAUCGCUUGGUGUGUGCCGCAAGAAAAGGUGAAGUUUGCUACCGCUAUAACGUUUGUGUGUGCGUGUGUGUUGGAUUGUGAGUGGUCUUCUUCCAACAUUCCAAUUGUUGGGAUCGCUGUUGCGUGCGAGAGUCAGUGACCAUUCAGGCUAGUGGGCUGUUAGGAGGCUUCUUCGGCCAAAGGGCGCAAACGAUUCAAAGCAACGAAGUACAGAGACAGCCGGGCAACACGCAAGAAAGCUCUCGGAAGAAGACGGGUGAACCGCGGCCGAGGAGCAUAAAUCAAAAAGGGGCCGCCCAGCGAGCUGCCGAAGAUUAGACGGCGUUGAUUAAGACGGCCGAGAAGAGGCAAUCGGCAAACCCUUAAGCAAAAAAACGCAAGAAAAGCGCAAAAGGAAGAAAAUACCGUAAACAAUACCUAGCACAAAGCUUGCGGAAGGAACCGCCGCUCUUGGAGUGUAGUAGAUGAUCACGCGCGAACUGGCCGCGUUCCUGCCCUGCCUAGCGGAGAGAGGUUGCGCAUAGUUGCAACCGCAACGCGCAUACACCACCACCGCCUGCACAUUAGCUAGAUUAGGUGGGCUAGGCUUGAAAAAUAAUGCAAAUGGAUCAGUGAGUGGCGCAAUAGAAGAAAAAGGCGCACCUCGCGGAACGGACAGUACCGGAGCGGUUGCGCGAUAAUCUGUGCGACUGCGUCAAAGGACGGACCGAAGCGAAAGCGCAAAAUUAAGACGCGCCGCGAGAAAAAGCAUGCGCCAGCAGCUGAUGGUGUGAAGAGGCAGCAAGGAGGGCAAUCAUAUCUUCUGCCAGUUCAGUCCCCUCACAAACACGGGCUAAGUUGUGCACCGUCGCUCUUAUCAACGAAUCGGCAUCAGAUUGAAUGAUGAUUAAAUAACGAUUCGGGGUAGAAAAUUAUCAGCACAAAAAGUGGAAAUAAAUGUGAUUGAAGUGAACGAAUCCUCCGUCGGGCACAUUGCACUGUUGCCCACUUCCGGAUAGAUAUUGGGGCGCGGUGAACCUUUUUACCAGAUUGUGGCGUGUGGCUGUAUCCGUCCGUACAGCGAUUGUCUUGUGGAAAAGUGCCUCAACGCCUGCCUCCAUUUAAUCCCCACCCAGUAAGGGCGUCACCCGGCGGGUGCACUCUAGAUCGAAAUUUCGGUCCAUUAAAUUGCUCCAAGAAGUGCUUUCGAGUGGGCACGGGGGCAGUUUUGUGCAUGCCGAACGAAGCGGCACCGUUAACGUCAAGUGGGUAGUGUAAAGAAAAGAAGCGCAAACCCCCAGCAUCUGCUCAAGCGAAAUCACGUGCUGAUACAGUUAGCGAAAGUGUCGUUCAAGUGUGUUGCAAUUAAGAGGUGAAAAAGUGCAUCCCCUUUUCGGUCCGUUUACGUCCGGCAGGGCAGCGAAAGGAAGUUCGCGAAAGAAUCUUGCUUUCCGAUCGUUAAUUUAAGCGUGUGUAUGUCUUUGUGUGUGUGAUUGUGUAUAUUUAUUAUUGCAGACGAUUGCAAUUUGGCGUCAGCGGAGGAGAAAUCUGGUUAGCAAUCAACUGAAAAUUAACGAAAUCAAGCAUUCGCCGAGAAGGGGGAAAACAAAGUUGUUACGCAAAUGUUUGUGCUGUGCUGUGCUGUGUGUGAAGCAGAGUAAAGAGAAAGGAAAGCGAGUACCACAUAAACGUAUUCGGGCUUAAGCCGUCGGUUGGUCCGUGUCCGUACGCAUUCGCAGGGUCCGAAGUGUAAGCAUCCUUCGCCUACGCCGCGUAGGCCUUAGUAGCGCCUUUCAGGACGAAAAAAAAUCCGUUCAAGGUGUCGCUCAACGGGAAAAUGCGGGUCACGUCGGAAUCGAAUUCCGGCCCGCCAAGCCGCACACCAUCCAUCAUGGACAGCCCGACGCUGGUGCGCGUCGAGCGGGCCCGCCUGCGCCAGGAAGCGACGGACGCCGGCGGGCAGCGCCCGGGUAGCGGCCAACGGGAGGACAGUCUCGAGCGCUGUCUGCUCGAUCCCAAGAAAUCCCUCCUAAUUGGACGUAUACCGGUGGCACAAAUGACGGGCCCGAUCAAGCGAGGACUGCUCUGGCAGCAGCGCGACCGAUUGUUCUCCCGCUGGAAAGAGAGAUACUUCAUCCUAACACGUGAUUAUCUCAAUUGUUUCAAACGAGCCACCGGAUCCGCCUCGGAGAAGAUAUCCGACAUGGGACAGUUUAUAUUUAAGAUCAAACUAGUCGACGUGGAAAAGGUGGAAUGGCUGAACCGGCGGUCGUACAGCGCGAUAGGCCUGCUUCUCGGCUCGCGAGAAGGGCGCGUCCUGUUGCGCAGCGACCAGGGCCUGGAGGAUUGGUUCGAGCUGCUGGAGGAGUGCACGCUGAGCAGCAAGGAGCGGCGUCGUGCUCUUCGACUAACGCAAGGGCCACGAUCGCGCGCCUCGCUAGCGGCCCCCGUGUCUGCGGCCUCACUGCAGAGCAACCACCUCGGGCUCGGCGGUACCUACUCCGGUGCGAUCGAGGAUUGGCUCAUGUCCCGGCACCAGAAAACGGGCGCCCAGCGCUUCAACCACAUUCUGCUCUCCGACUCCGUGCCCGACCUGAGCUCGAUCAACGAGAACGGGCUGUGCAGUGGACUGCUGACGAACCACUCGACGCCGAAGAAGGUGCCGAACGCACGCCACAACCUGUCCGGUGGUGGUGGUGGUGGUGGUUCGAGCAAUGGCUACAGCAGCCACAACGGCAGCCUGUACAAUGGCUUCCCGUACUCGCCGCUGAAGAAGCUGGCGGACAACUUUGUGAACGGCAACCACAGCUACACGCUGCACGACGAUCUCGAGGAGGAGGUGGAGCUGCGCCGUGGCGGCCGUUACCGUGACAAUGACGACCUGUACAGACGGCCGCUCGGUCCGGGCGGGAACGAUAGUAGCCGCCAUUCGUUCUUAACGGAUCUGGACUAUGCCGGGUGUGACAGUGGGCUCGAUACGCCACCGUCCACCCACCGUCCGUCGAGCUGCCGGGACAACAUCUACUUUGCCUCGGCGUACAACAACCAUCACGCGCACGGGUCCGGAUUCCUCGGCAAGGACAAGACGACCGACACCGGCAUCAGCUCGUCCCGUGGUACGCUUGUCUCGCCGGCGAGCAGCAUUCGCCACGGGUACGUCAACGUGCAGCACUUUAACGGCAACGGUGGCAGUAACAACACCACCACCAACAACAACAACCAUCUGAACAGCUACGGAUCUCGCUACAGCGUGCAGGAGCAAAAGAUCCUUCGCGCGCGCAACACGGAGGAGAACAAAAACUCGAUCCGCUCGGUACGGGCCGAGUUUUUCGACCAGAGCAAGUACAGCAACGGCAGCAACAGCAACAAUCAUACCCUCAACAACAAUAACAACCACAUCAACAACAAUGGUAGUGGUGGUGGCGGUGGCCAUCAUGCGCAACACUUCCAUCCGCACCACCAUCAGCACGUGGUGCAUCAGCAUCCGAACGGUGGCGCUGUCGGCAGCAAUGGCAACAUUCAUCAGCAUUUUAACGGGCUUAACAACAACCACAACCACAACCACAGCAACAGCAGCAGCAGCAACAAUAAUAACAACAAUGGUAAUGGGAAUGGUGGAACGUUGAGCGAUCGCGCCUCGAUCCUGUCGGGGAACGGUAAUGGAGGCGGCAAUGGCACGGGCUCGACGCAGCGUGAUCGCUACCAGCAGCAUCCGGCCCUCGCUGCCAUCAUCAACGAAUCGCAGGGAAUGAAAUUCAGAGAUCGUUCCUAUUCCGACUGUCAGCAGGCGCCGCGACCCCGCCAGUGGACGAACAACACGCCGAGCCCGAAGCGCAUCCCCUUCCUCGGCACACCACCGACCAGAGUGUAAAAGGUGAAACGACGACGACGACGGACUGCUGGCCGAUGCCGAGGCUUUCUCCCCAAUUCUUUCAAACUACACACGCCAGUAAACCCGAUAGUGAAAAUAAUUGCAAAUACAGCUAAUAUAGAGCAACAAACAAUAGUAGGAAACAAAAACCAAUUUCCCUUUUUUUGUAAAUGCACAGUAAGCUCUUGCGCUGCGCAUCCCACCAUACGGCAAGUACAACGGAAAGGCACCUCGACGACGACGAUCAUCGAACGAUCGUGCACAUACUUCCCCAAUCCCUCCUUUUAUUGCGCACGUGCUUCUCUUUCUUCGUGCACGAAGAUUAAUUUACGAGAGAAGAAACUAACUCCCUUUAACGUCCUUCCCCAUCGGCCCCAUCGAUCAACUUUGUGUGAAACGCGGUAAUGCUCGAAAAUCUACCACUUAGAACACCUGCCACACCUGUCCAGUGUUCUGAACACUAGUUUCUGUUUCUGUGCACAGUUCCCCAGUGACUGUGGCUAUUUCGCCGAAGCAAACACGAGCAUUUACAAAUAGUUAAAUACUAAUUUAAAAAAAACACGUUAUACAGUAUAAAUGUAAAUCCAUUCGUCGUUGUACUUGCUGUAUUUGUGGUGCGAUAUGAAGCGCUUACCAUUCUGUGCGUAGUUCUGUGUAGUAAAGGGUUUGAAUUCGGACUUUUGAAUGAUAGCGUAGUUUCUGUAGGGUUGCUGUUCCAACAUGUCUCUCUCUCUCUCUGUCUCUGUGCGUGGUGUUUUGUGCAUCACGAGUAUCCAAAUAGUAGCAUAAGUACACUAACUGUUGUAGGUAACAAUUUGCAAUAAUCAGUGCGAUCGCGUCAAGCUUAUUACAAUGUGGCGUGUUCAGUUGCGUUUUGCGGCGGAGGGUUCAAACAUACAAUUAGCUUCGAGUUUGUGAAUGGUGUUUAAAAUUACACAAAGCAACAAACAAACAAAAAACCUGUAAAUUGCUGUACGCGUGUGUGUGUUAGGAGGAAAUCAAUACGCUAGAACCUAUUGAAUUAGUGCGCUAAGUCUUAGACGGCCCAUAAAACCAUAAAUCAAUCAUACAUCAUACAGCUCACCAGGAAAAUGCUUCAACGCACCUGUGCGGUAGGUGCGUAGUUGUCGCGUUCGUUUUUGGAUGUUUAGCAAAAUUUUACAAACAUUGUGCGUAAACAUGUCUUGCCUGCCACGUGGUUGUCGUUCAUUAGAGAUAUUAGAGCAUCGAAAAUUAGGCGUUAGUGUAGUGCUGAAACAAAACAACUCACAAUUCCGAAAAGGAGCAGUCUGGUUGGUGUGUUUGUGUGUGUUUGUAUGUAUAGUCGGACCCCUUAUACUAAACUUAUUAUACGAUUUUAUACGCAAAAAUGAAAAAAAGGAUAGGGAAACAACCCAGCUUAGUGAUUUUGAUUUUCGAACGCUUGCUUUUAAUAGGGAAAAUUAAGGAGAGGACAGAGAGAGAGCAAAAAAAAUGAUAAUCGCGAGCCUAGAACCGUUGAAUGUGAAGAAGCAAACCGUUUAGUGGUGUCAUCUUACUGUUUUUCUUUCGCCUUUUUGUUAUGUUUUGAAAAUAAUGAAAAUAACACGAACUGCGUGUGUUCUGACAAGACAAGAAGUGCAUACAAUAAAGGUAAAAUAAAGUAAAAAAAAGAG